AUGGAUGAUACUGUUCAUUACGACGCGAACAUGGACCCGACGUUCAUGACAAGUGAUGAUGAAUUCGAUGCCUGGCCAGCGAGUGUCAACUCCUGGAAAAUUCCCGAUCAAUUUGUAAGUUCAAGACACUUCUUCCCAACAAGCGCUCUUGAAGAAAUAACUGCUGACGAUAAGGUCAUGGUCAUCCAGGCUCGUGCUGGUUCCCUUGUUCUCGGUGACCUGAAACCUUCUAUUCAGAUCGAAAUCAUCCACAACUUGCGUGAGGAGUUGGGCGGCGCCAUCGAAGCUGCCUGUACGAGAUUGAGAAUUACUGAUGAAGAGAAAAAUGAUCUCAUCAUGUACAACAACCUGUACAAUCGCAGUCUCGAGGCAGAAAACAUCACGGUGCUGACGUACAGGAAAAGGCAGAGAGCAGCAUUGCAGAAGCUUGAUCAAGGUGUAGCCGCGUGUCUUGUUCAGAAAGACUUGUCCAAUAUCUUCAAGACUACUUGUCGGCAAUUGUCCGACGCAAGGGCCAACCUCGGCGUAGAAAAUGUCAUGCACGCCCAAGCAUCGGAUGUCCUGCUGUCAUACGAAUUUCUAGAUCGCAUCCAUCUUCCCCGCAGUCUCGCUGGUACCUGGUACAAUGGCAUUGAAACCCGCCUCAAUGGUCAUUACGAUUAUCCCACUCCUGAGUCUGAAUCUUGGGAAUGGGCUGAACAUUGUUCAAGCGCCAAGUCGAUCUGGGUAGAAUUGGCGCGACGCGGCCUGCAUCCGCUAGAGAAGAGCAAAGAUAUCUGCUUACAACGAAGGCCUUUGGUACCAAGAGCUCAGUCAAACCGCUAG